AUGAACGCUACAAAGCGAAAAUUCAAUGCCCUGCUUCAAGGACUUAGCACCCCUCGGCCGACAACACCCAACACUACCGAUGACAUGAGCGCCUCCAGGAGAUACGGGGCAGAUGUCGCCACGAACGACGCUCUUCUGCAAAAAAGACGGCGGCUGGGCUUCCCCGAAUCAACGGCCCCAAUAUUGUAUGAUGCUCUACCGGCGGAAAGGUCACUGUCGAGCGUGGUGCUGAAGAGAUCUGCGACACAGUCGAGCAGCAGCUCAGCGACCGAUCCACCGGCCAAGUAUUGUCCCGGAGAUCGCGAUCAACUUCUGAAGCGGCUGGCAACCUUUCAAGAGAUCACGGAUUGGACGCCAAAACCGGACAAGGUCAACGAGAUUGCAUGGGCGAAGCGAGGUUGGAUAUGCCAGGGAAAGGAGAAGGUCAGAUGCGUUCUCUGCCAUAGGGAGCUCCUCGUCAAGCUGGACAAGAAAGGAAGCGACGUUGCCGAGGCUCAAGUCUCGUCAUCAUCCGCCAUCGUCGAAGCAUUGGUGGACAGAUACUCUGCUCUAAUAGUUUCGUCCCAUCUAGAAGAUUGUCUAUGGCGCAAGCGUGGCUGCGAUGACACGCUUCUAAGGCUUUCCUUUUCCAAGGCGACGGCGACGCUGGCCGCUCUUCGACAACGCUACGACGAACUCUGUUCCAGAAGCCCAUUUCUCCCAUACGAAGCAAAUCUCCGAUUGCCGGUUGAGAUCAACUUGGAUAACAUUCUCGCACAACUGCCAUCAGACUUUUUUACCUCACCGCCUCCUAUCAUAGGUAAAUCGGGGACUGGGCAUGCGGGCGGGCCGCCGAAUCGUGUUGCGCUGUUACUGGCACUGAUGGGGUGGCAGGGGCUGACGAACCAGCGGAUCGGGGCAGUUCCCAACUCAGCCUCUUGCCAUACCUGCCUGAGACGUCUGGGCCUUUGGAUGUUCAAAAGUAAACAAGUUGGCGAACAGGGUGAGGUUAUUGUCCCCGCUCCGAUGGAUCAUUUAGACCCUCUUCGUGAGCACCGAUUUUUUUGUCCGUGGAGGAACGCGGAAGCUCAGAGCCAGGGCAUGGUCGCAGCUGGGAAAGCACCAGCAACCGUGGCUUGGAAGGCUUUGCUGCAGACAAUCAAGAACGAGUCCGACUUGCGCAAUGUCUGCAGCGAGAAUUCAAGCAGGGUUGGCCAGUUAAGGAAGGGGGGAAUUGCAUCCGCAAGUCCGACACGUGAAGCUUCAAAUACUCCAGAGCUGCCAACACCACGAACACCAACCGGCAAGACGAGCGCGAAUCAUGCGCGGAUCGCAGUGACACCGCAAGACGAUUCCGGGCAUGAAGAGGAUGAAAAGCUAAGAGAGGCGAAAGACAAGGAGCGCUGGGCAAGGCUACGGAGGGUGAAGAGUUUGUUUGACACCAAAGCGUCAAGAAAGGCGAGACGCGCGCCGGUUGCUGCCGGCGCAGUCGAGCCCAACAGGUCUACUACAGGCACUUGA